GAUGGUAUGUGGAGCCUAUUAAUCACGUGACCACAUAGUUGCUUCUCUAAUUAUGAAAUUCAUUAAGAAAGCAGUUAGUUAAGAGAGAUUUACACAGGAUUCGUUGUUGUGGACGGGCAGCAGGUGGUUCAUCUCUAUUAUUUAUUUCUCUGAAGGAUCCUUAACCUCUCCUCCUCCCACGCAGAACUGCAAGGCGCUCCUCUCCGCCGGAGGCUCCAUGGACGCGCACAUGCUGCUUGAUAGUAAAACGGGAGGUACAGUGAAAUUGAUGAGAUGAGAUACAGUGUGUGGGCACCACUAGUUCAUUAUCGGCUGGGUGGUGGAGAUUUAGAAAGAGAGAGAGGAACCCACAUGAGUGUGAGGAGCGUCUUGGACAGCCAGAGCUUCUUUAGGGAGGACAACAAGGUGAAGACGGAAGGAUCUGAUGACGGCUUGACACAACUAAAGGCAGAAAACAGGUUUCCCACGAGACCUGCCUCCUGGACCAGGUGCUGGAACUGAUUAUGAGCGAGAAGCCCCCCAACAGUGCUAGUCUUUUCCUAAACGAGGACGUGGACAAACCCCCCCUUCCAGAGAGAGGAGACUUGAGGAGACGCCUUCGCAGGGCCAUGGAGAGGAGAGCCAGCAGCAUGAAGGAGAAGAUGAGCUCCAUCAGUCGGGACAGCAUCAAAGGCUUCCUUAAGAGGAACUUGUUUGUUCUGUUCACUGUCGCCGCUGUUGCUCUAGGUGUAAUCCUGGGCUUUGCCUUGCGCCCCCACAACCUGUCCCUGAGGGAGAUCAAGUACUUUGCCUUUCCAGGAGAGCUACUAAUGAGAAUGCUACAGAUGCUGGUGCUGCCUCUCAUCGUCUCCAGUCUGGUCACAGGUAUUUCCUCCUUGGACAGCAAAGCGUCAGGUAAGAUGGGUAUGCGUGCAGUGGUCUACUACAUGGUGACCACACUGAUUGCCGUGUUCAUUGGUAUUGUCAUCGUGAUGAUCAUCCGGCCGGGGAAAGGCAGCAGGGACAGUCCUGUGGCCAACAGUGGAAACAUAGAGCCGGUUCAGGCUGCUGAUGCUUUCUUGGAUCUCAUCAGGAACAUGUUUCCCCCCAAUCUGGUAGAGGCUUGUUUCAAGCAGUAUAAAACUGUGUACAAGAAGACUGUGCACACAAGGAACGUAAAAGUGGCCGUGAACCUCACUGACUCUCUAAACGUGACAGAGUCUAACCUGGGCGUAAACCUCAGCAGGGUGCUGCACACCAUACAGGAGACGGUGGAGGAGACUGUCCCUGUGUCCGGGUCCUCCAGUGGAGUGAACGCUCUGGGUUUAGUGGUUUUCUCCAUGUGCUUUGGUCUGGUCAUUGGCAACAUGAAGCAGCAGGGCCAGGCCCUCAGGGACUUCUUUGACUGCCUGAAUGAAGCGAUAAUGAGGCUCGUGUCCAUCAUCAUCUGGUAUGCUCCUGUCGGAAUACUGUUCCUGAUUGCGGGAAAGAUCGUGGAGAUGAAGAAUCUGGCAGAGGUGGGCGGCCAGCUGGGGAUGUACACUGUGUCGGUCAUUGUGGGUCUCCUCAUCCAUGGCCUCGUUGUCCUGCCAUUGCUCUACUUCCUAGUGACCAGGAGGAAUCCCUACAGCUUCAUUGGUGGCCUGCUGCAGGCGCUCAUCACUGCUCUGGGAACUUCAUCUAGCUCUGCCACCCUGCCCAUCACUUUCCGCUGUCUGGAGGAGAACAACCGCGUGGAUAAACGAGUGACACGUUUUAUCCUCCCUGUGGGUGCCACCAUUAACAUGGAUGGCACCGCCCUCUACGAGGCUGUGGCAGCCAUCUUUAUUGCCCAAGUCAAUGACAUGGACCUAAACUUUGGGCAGAUUCUUACCAUCAGUAUCACAGCAACGGCUGCCAGCAUAGGAGCAGCAGGCAUCCCUCAGGCUGGCCUGGUUACCAUGGUGAUCGUAUUGACAUCGGUGGGACUGCCCACAGAGGACAUAACACUGAUCAUUGCUGUGGAUUGGUUCUUGGACCGCUUGCGGACCACCACCAACGUGCUGGGUGACUCGCUCGGGGCUGGCAUCGUGGAGCACCUUUCCCGUGGAGAGCUGCAGAGUCAAGAUGCUGAGGUGCGCAACUCUGUUAUCGAGGAGAAUGAGAAGCCCUACCAGCUUAUCUGUCAGGAAAACGAUACACUCAACCACCACAACAACGAGACCACAAUGUGAAGACAAGAGCUACACCCUUAAGCGCUUCAUGUACCAAAAGCAUUCUAGCUAGAGGGUUGGCUUGCAAUGGUGCAGGGACAGUCUGGGUUCAUAGUUCAUGGUCAACUCAGCCAGUUCUUGGGAUCAUUUUCGCAGUUGAAGACGACAAUUCACAUAUUUCUCUGGGAAACAAGGAAAUACAAAACAAAACAGCCA